GUGUAGUUCGGUUCUGGCCCAUGAAUGUUCCAUUUGCACCUCUGUUCACCCUCCCAUCCAACCUGUUAUCGCUCCGCCCUGUGACCUUAAUCCCUCUAAAGCUGGGGAAAGGAAGGGGGGCUGUGUGCAGAUGGCCCUUCAAUCUCGAAAGGAGGAUGUCGGAAUCUGAAGGCGGGAAAGACACCACCCCAGAGCCCAGUCCAGCCAAUGGGGCAGCCCCUGGUCCUGAAUGGGGACUGUGCCCUGGGCCCCCAGCCAUGGGGGGUGAAAUCAAUGGGGCAUCAGGCCUAGGAACCCCUAGGCGAAGGACCCAGCACAGCAAGCACAAGAUGGUGACAGUGGCCAGUGCCCAGAGGUCACCCCGGGCGCUAUUCUGCCUCACCCUGGCCAAUCCCCUGAGGAGGUCCUGCAUCAGCAUCGUGGAGUGGAAGCCCUUUGACAUCCUCAUCCUGCUUACCAUCUUUGCCAACUGUGUGGCCCUGGGUGUCUACAUCCCCUUUCCUGAGGAUGACUCCAACACUGCCAACCACAACCUGGAGCAGGUGGAGUAUGUAUUCCUGGUGAUUUUCACUGUGGAGACUGUGCUGAAGAUCGUGGCUUACGGGCUGGUGCUCCACCCCAGCGCUUACAUCCGCAAUGGCUGGAACCUACUUGACUUCAUCAUUGUCGUGGUCGGGCUGUUCAGCGUGCUGCUGGAGCAGGGCCCCGGACGACCCGGCGACUCCCCGCAUACGGGGGGGAAGCCGGGGGGCUUCGAUGUGAAGGCGUUGCGGGCGUUUCGGGUGCUGCGGCCACUGAGGCUGGUGUCUGGGGUCCCCAGCCUGCACAUAGUGCUCAAUUCCAUCAUGAAGGCGCUGGUGCCGCUGCUGCACAUCGCGCUGCUCGUGCUCUUCGUCAUCAUCAUUUACGCCAUCAUCGGACUCGAGCUGUUCCUAGGACGCAUGCACAAGACUUGCUACUUUCUGGGAUCUGAUGUGGAGGCGGAGGAGGACCCAUCGCCCUGUGCGUCGUCCGGCUCCGGGCGAGCGUGCACGCUGAACCAGACCGAGUGCCGCGGCCGCUGGCCAGGGCCCAACGGUGGCAUCACCAACUUCGACAACUUCUUCUUCGCAAUGCUGACAGUCUUCCAGUGUGUCACCAUGGAAGGCUGGACCGACGUGCUCUACUGGAUGCAGGAUGCUAUGGGGUAUGAGCUCCCCUGGGUGUACUUCGUGAGCCUCGUCAUCUUUGGGUCCUUCUUCGUCCUCAACCUUGUGCUUGGCGUCCUUAGUGGGGAGUUCUCCAAGGAAAGAGAGAAAGCAAAAGCACGAGGGGACUUCCAGAAGCUGCGGGAGAAGCAGCAGAUGGAGGAGGAUCUCCGGGGCUACCUGGACUGGAUCACACAGGCUGAGGAGCUGGACCUUGAGGACCCCUCGGCAGACAGCAACUUUGGUUCUGUGGCAGAAGAGGGCCGGGCUGGCCAUCGGCCACAGCUGGCCGAGCUGACCAAUAGGAGGCGGGGACAUCUGCGCUGGUUCAGUCACUCCACUCGCUCCACACAUUCCACCAGCAGCCAUGCCAGCCUCCCAGCCAGUGACACCGGUUCGAUGGCAGAGACCCCAGGCGAUGAGGACGAGGAGGAAGGGGCUCUGGCCAGCUGUACACGCUGCCUAAACAAGAUCAUGAAAAUGAGGGUCUGCCGCCGCCUCCGCCGAGCCAACCGGGGCCUUCGGGCACGGUGCCGUCGGGCUGUGAAGUCCAAUGCCUGCUACUGGGCUGUGCUCCUGCUCGUCUUCCUCAACACGCUGACCAUCGCCUCAGAACACCACGGGCAGCCCAUGUGGCUCACCCAGAUCCAGGAGUACGCCAACAAAGUGUUGCUCUGUCUAUUCACGGUGGAGAUGCUUCUCAAGUUGUAUGGUCUGGGCCCCUCUGCCUAUGUCUCUUCCUUCUUCAACCGCUUUGACUGCUUCGUAGUCUGUGGGGGCAUCCUAGAGACCACCUUGGUGGAAGUGGGUGUCAUGCAGCCCCUCGGCAUCUCGGUGCUGCGAUGUGUGCGCCUCCUCAGGAUCUUUAAGGUCACCAGACACUGGGCAUCUCUGAGCAAUCUGGUGGCAUCCCUGCUCAAUUCAAUGAAGUCUAUCGCAUCGUUGCUGCUUCUCCUCUUCCUCUUUAUCAUCAUCUUCUCCUUGCUCGGCAUGCAGCUGUUUGGGGGCAAGUUCAACUUUGACCAGACCCACACCAAGCGAAGCACCUUUGACACCUUCCCCCAGGCCCUCCUCACUGUCUUUCAGAUCCUGACUGGCGAAGACUGGAACGUAGUCAUGUAUGAUGGUAUAAUGGCCUAUGGCGGCCCCUUCUUCCCAGGGAUGCUGGUGUGCAUUUACUUCAUCAUCCUCUUCAUCUGCGGCAACUACAUCCUAUUGAACGUGUUUCUUGCCAUUGCUGUGGACAACCUGGCCAGUGGAGAUGCAGGCACUGCCAAGGAUAAGGGCAGGGAGAAGAGCAGUGAGGGGACCCCCCCACAAGAGAAUGGAGUGUUGGUGCCUGGUGGGGAGAAUGAGGAAGAGGAGGGUGCAAGGAGUGAAGCAGCAGGCAAGUGGGCAUGGUCAGAUGGAGGAGGCAUGGAGGAGGAGGAGGAGGAAGAUGAAGAGGAGGAAGGAGGUGCAGGGCAUGUGGAACUCCUGCAGGAAGUAGUACCCAAGGAGAAGGUGAUGCCGAUCCCUGAGGGCAGCGCCUUCUUCUGCCUCAGUCAAACCAACCCGCUAAGGAAGGCCUGCCACACCCUCAUCCACCAUCACGUCUUCACCAAUCUUAUCCUGGUGUUCAUCAUCCUCAGCAGUGUGUCCCUGGCCGCUGAGGACCCCAUCCGAGCCCACUCCUUCCGCAACCACAUCCUGGGGUACUUCGAUUAUGCCUUCACCUCCAUUUUCACUGUGGAGAUUCUACUAAAGAUGACGGUGUUUGGGGCCUUCCUGCACCGUGGCUCCUUCUGCCGUAGCUGGUUCAAUCUGUUGGAUCUGCUGGUGGUCAGCGUGUCCCUCAUCUCCUUCGGCAUCCACUCCAGCGCCAUCUCCGUUGUGAAGAUUCUGCGAGUACUUCGAGUACUGAGGCCCCUCCGAGCCAUCAACAGGGCAAAGGGACUCAAGCAUGUGGUGCAGUGCGUGUUCGUGGCCAUCCGGACCAUCGGGAACAUCAUGAUUGUCACCACACUCCUGCAAUUCAUGUUCGCUUGCAUCGGCGUACAGCUAUUCAAGGGGAAGUUCUACAGUUGCACUGACGAGGCCAAACACACCCCCCAAGAAUGCAAGGGCUCCUUCCUGGUCUACCCUGAUGGAGAUGUGUCACGGCCCCUGGUCCGGGAGCGGCUCUGGGUCAACAGUGAUUUCAACUUUGACAAUGUCCUUUCAGCCAUGAUGGCCCUGUUCACUGUCUCCACCUUCGAAGGCUGGCCUGCGCUGCUAUACAAGGCCAUUGAUGCACAUGCAGAGGACAAAGGCCCCAUCUAUAAUUACCAUGUGGAGAUCUCAGUGUUUUUCAUUGUCUACAUCAUCAUCAUUGCAUUCUUCAUGAUGAACAUCUUUGUGGGCUUUGUGAUCAUCACCUUCCGUGCCCAGGGCGAGCAGGAGUACCAAAACUGUGAGCUGGACAAGAACCAGCGCCAGUGUGUGGAGUACGCCCUCAAGGCCCAGCCACUCCGCCGUUACAUCCCCAAGAACCCGCAUCAGUAUCGCGUGUGGGCCACUGUGAACUCUGCUGCCUUCGAGUACCUCAUGUUCCUGCUCAUCCUGCUCAACACGGUUGCCCUAGCCAUGCAGCACUAUGAGCAGACUGCUCCCUUCAACUAUGCCAUGGACAUCCUCAACAUGGUCUUUACUGGCCUCUUCACCAUUGAGAUGGUGCUCAAAAUCAUCGCCUUCAAACCCAAGCAUUACUUUGUCGAUGCCUGGAACACGUUUGAUGCCCUUAUCGUGGUGGGCAGCGUAGUGGACAUUGCCGUCACUGAAGUCAAUAAUGGUGGCCACCUGGGCGAGAGCUCUGAGGACAGCUCCCGCAUUUCUAUCACCUUCUUCCGCCUCUUCCGAGUCAUGCGACUGGUCAAACUUCUCAGUAAGGGUGAAGGGAUCCGCACAUUGCUCUGGACAUUCAUCAAGUCCUUCCAGGCCUUGCCCUAUGUGGCUCUUCUCAUCGCAAUGAUAUUCUUCAUCUACGCAGUCAUUGGCAUGCAGAUGUUUGGCAAGGUGGCUCUUCAGGAUGGCACACAGAUCAACCGAAACAACAACUUCCAGACCUUUCCACAGGCCGUGCUGCUUCUGUUCAGGUGUGCCACCGGUGAGGCAUGGCAGGAGAUAAUGCUUGCCAGCCUUCCUGGGAAUCGGUGUGACCCUGAGUCUGACUUCGGCCCUGGCGAGGAGUUUACCUGUGGCAGCAAUUUUGCCAUCGCCUAUUUUAUCAGCUUCUUCAUGCUUUGUGCCUUCCUGAUCAUAAAUCUCUUUGUGGCUGUGAUCAUGGACAACUUUGAUUAUCUAACCAGAGAUUGGUCCAUCCUGGGUCCCCAUCACCUCGAUGAAUUCAAGAGGAUCUGGUCUGAAUAUGACCCUGGGGCCAAGGGCCGUAUCAAGCACCUGGAUGUGGUAACCCUGCUCAGACGCAUCCAGCCUCCCCUGGGAUUUGGGAAGCUGUGCCCACACCGAGUAGCCUGCAAGAGACUUGUGGCUAUGAACAUGCCCCUCAACUCAGAUGGGACGGUGACAUUCAAUGCCACACUCUUUGCCUUGGUCCGGACAUCCCUGAAGAUCAAGACAGAAGGGAACCUGGAGCAAGCCAACCAGGAGCUGCGGAUUGUCAUCAAAAAGAUCUGGAAGCGGAUGAAGCAGAAGCUGCUAGAUGAGGUCAUCCCCCCUCCGGAUGAGGAAGAGGUCACUGUGGGCAAAUUCUACGCCACAUUUCUGAUCCAGGAUUAUUUCCGCAAAUUCCGGCGAAGGAAAGAAAAGGGGCUACUAGGAACUGAGGCACCACCAAGCACCUCCUCUGCCCUUCAGGCUGGUCUGAGGAGCCUACAGGACUUGGGUCCUGAGAUUCGGCAGGCCCUUACCUGUGACACAGAGGAGGAGGAGGAAGAGGGGCAGGAAGGAGAAGAGGAAGAUGAGAAGGACCCAGAAACAAACAAAGCCCUGAUGGGCUCCCAGCCCCAGUCUCGCCGGAGCUCCAGGAUUUCUGUGUCUCUUCCUGUUGGAGACAGGCUCCCAGAUUCACUCUCCCUUGGGCCCAGUGAUGAUGAUGGGGGGGCUCCCAACUCCAGACAACCCAGCGUGCCCCAGGCUGGAUCCCAUACCCACAGGAGAAACUCUGGGGUUCUCAUUUUCACCAUCCCAGAAGAAGGAAGUCCUCAGUCCAAGGAAGCCAAAGAGCAAGACAAUCAGGAUGAGGAAGAAGUCCCCAACCGGCUCUCCUACCUGGAUGAGCAGCCAGAGACACCCCCGCGCCCGAUCCUUUUGCCACCUCACAGACCCCAGAGAUACAGAGAUGGGCAGCAUGCACCACGCCGCCGUCUGCUGCCCCCCACACCUGCAGGUCGGAAGCCGUCCUUCACCAUCCAGUGUCUGCAGCGCCAGGGCAGUUGUGAAGAUUUACCCAUCCCAGGCACCUAUCACCGUGGGCGAAACUCAGGGCCCAGCAGGGCUCAGGGUUCCUGGGCAACCCCUCCUCAGCGGGGUCGGCUCCUCUACGCCCCACUGCUGUUGGUGGAGGAAGGUGCAGCAGGGGAGGGAUACCUCAGCAAAUCUAGCGGUCCACUGCGCACCUUCACCUGUCUGCACGUGCCUGGAACCCACUCGGACCCCAGCCAUGGCAAGAGGGGCAGUGCCGACAGCUUAGUGGAGGCUGUGCUCAUCUCUGAGGGCUUGGGCCUCUUUGCCCGAGACCCGCGCUUUGUGGCCCUGGCCAAGCAGGAGAUUGCGGAUGCUUGUCGCCUGACGCUGGAUGAGAUGGACAGUGCUGCCAGUGACCUGCUGGCACAGGGGACCAGCUCACUCUAUAGUGAUGAGGAAUCCAUCCUCUCCCGCUUCGAUGAGGAGGACCUGGGAGACGAGAUGGCCUGCAUCCAUGCCCUUUGAAUUCCCACCCCUCCCCCAUUGCUCAAUAAACCUCCUGUCCUCCCCUCCCCAGAGGGAGACGGUUGUGGGCCACACCCCUGGA